AUGGUUAGUGCUAAAUUAGCUACACUGAUCUUCUUAGUAUCAAUGGGCAUCGCAUCUUGCGCCAUGGACAUGGACAUGUCCGUCGUUUCCUACGAUGACAACCACCAUGUUACCGCUGGUCCCGGCCGCCGCAACAGCGUUUUCGAUGUCGAGGCAUCAUUGAUAUUCGAGUCAUGGAUGGUUAAGCACGGGAAGGUGUACGAGUCCGUUGCCGAGAAGGAACGACGUUUAACAAUUUUCGAGGACAACCUCCGUUUCAUCACUAACCGCAACGCUGAGAACCUUGGUUAUCGGCUCGGUUUGAACCGGUUUGCAGAUUUGUCGCUCCGUGAGUACGGACAAAUUUGCCAUGGGGCUGAUCCAAGGCCACCCAAGAACCACGUUUUCAUGACUAGUAGCGACCGAUACAAGACUGCUGCUGGUGAUGUGCUUCCUAAGUCUGUUGACUGGAGGAACGAAGGCGCAGUGACUGAAGUCAAAGAUCAAGGCCAUUGCAGGAGCUGUUGGGCUUUCUCGACGGUGGGAGCAGUGGAAGGCUUAAACAAGAUUGUGACAGGAGAGUUGGUCACAUUGUCCGAGCAAGAUUUGAUCAAUUGUAACAAAGAAAAUAAUGGUUGCGGAGGAGGUAAAGUGGAGACUGCAUAUGAGUUCAUAGUUAACAAUGGUGGCCUUGGUACAAACAACGAUUAUCCCUACAAGGCUGUUAAUGAAGUUUGUGAUGCCCGCCUCAAGGAAAAUAACAAGAAUGUUAUGAUUGAUGGGUAUGAGAAUUUGCCUUCCAACGACGAGCUUUCAUUAAUGAAAGCGGUAGCUCACCAGCCCGUAACAGCCGUUAUCGAUUCCAGCAGCCGGGAAUUUCAGCUUUAUGAAUCAGGAGUUUUUGAUGGAACAUGCGGAACAAACCUAAACCACGGAGUUGUUGUGGUUGGGUAUGGAACCGAGAAAGGUCGUGACUUUUGGAUCGUGAGAAACUCAUGGGGCAACACUUGGGGAGAAUCUGGUUAUAUGAAGAUGGCUCGUAACAAUGCAAAUCCAAGAGGCUUGUGUGGUAUAGCGAUGCGAGCUUCAUACCCCCUCAAGAAAUCGGUUUCUACCGAUAUAAGGGCCAUGGCCUAAAAUUAUGAACUAAAUCUAUUUUAUGCGAGCGAUCGAGUGUGAGAACAACCUAUUCGACUUUGAAUGAAAAAUAAUGUAGUCAAUGGGUUUGGUUUUAUAUUUUGAAUUUGUAUGGAGUAACUGUUAAAAUGGAGUAAUGUAAUAUUUAUGAAUAUUUUCUUUCGGGUCGACGGUGAUAAAUAUUUCCUCUUUCGAGAAAAUGCUAAAACAUUAUCAAACUUUUGUUAACAAAAUAUAAUACGAAAUUUUGA